GAAGAGCUGGCGGUCGGCUCGGAGCUCAGAAUCCUCAUCACUCUUCUUCCUCACUAACAAGUUCCCGGAUUACAAAUGGUUGUUCAAAUCCGCACCAACCAACAUCACCAGCAAGCCAAGAUGACCGAGAUCGGCCACCAGCAGCAGAAAGUGGAAGCCAACAUUCUGGUCCUGGGCGCGGAGAACGUGGGCAAAUCCGCGCUAACCGUCCGAUUCCUGACUCGGAGGUUCAUCGGAGAGUACGUUGGCACCGAGUCCAUCUACACGCACAAUGUCAUGGUGGAUGGCCGGGAGACCUUCUUCAGCAUCUGGGACUCUGUCUGUCCUCAGAACCCUAGCCUUCAGACGUGUAUCAGCGAUGAGCAGUUGCGAUGGGCCGAUGGCUUUGUCGUGGUCUACAGCAUUUGCAACCGCGACAGCUUCAACGUGGUGCGCCAGCAGCUGCAGCGCAUCCGCCAGCAGAAGAAGCGACAGGGCUUAGCUCCCGUCAUCAUCGUAGGGAACAAGCGCGACCUCCAGCAUCGGCGGGAAGUCUCCAGCGAGGAGGGGCGCAUGCUGGCCAUCGGCUCCGACUGCGGCUUCUUCGAGAUCUCAGCGGCGGAGACCUACCACGGCUCGCUGGUGGUCUUCCACCAACUCCUGGAGUCCGUGCGGGAGAGCCGCAACGCCAACAAGAAAAACGCUGGGAUCAAGGGCAUCGUCAGGAGCAUGUCCGCCGUGUUUGGGCGCAAGAGGAUGGAGUGAAGCUGACACCUUCUCAUCUGCAACUUCUCUUGGCCUAUCAGUUGGCCUUGCAAACCGUUUAUUUAAAGGGCAAUGUCUAGGUGGCGGGCUACCGGCAUAAGUAUUUAUGUGGUCCGUCGCAGACCGCUUGGCACUGGCGCACUUGUUCAUGGAACAGUCAGGGGUUGGACUUGAUACUUUGGACUCUGGCCACCCGAAUGACAGUAUUGACUUGAAGCGGACUUGGUGUCCAGGACAAGCCUCCAACCUGCUGAUGGUUGUGCAAUCUUUUGGGCUUUUUUUUUGUCCAGCACCUUGGCGGACACGGCUCAGUGGAGUCCAGAUUGGUAUGCAAUGGACAAUAUAACAAGCACGGGGUACGGCUCAAUGCUGGAGAACAUUUAUUUGUCCCAAUGCAGACCUCACCCCCCCACCAAAUGGUCCAUUCUCACAAUGCAACGGGGGAAGGACAAUGACUCUUCCUAAAGGGCUAGUUGUUCAAAUGUUCAUCUGCCUGCUGACUUUUUUUAUUUGUUGUGUGGUGUCUGAUAUGGCUUCUUUCUCCAGGGGGGGGGCCUAGGCCCCAAAUAAGAGGACAGAGAAUUUUUCACUGUUGGUUCUGGAGUGUUAUUUGCACUAUACGGGGGGAACCAAGUGUUUGACUUGUUCCACCCAGACUUCCUUUACUACUCCCGUAACGGCAAUGAAUACAUUUAUCUAUUGCUCCUCCCCUCUAUCUAGGGUCACCAUGGACUUAUCCAUGCCAAGUUGACCACGUUCAUUCGAUUUACAGCCAAUUGGGGCAAAACGCCUGUGUGCAAAACCUCUGACGGAAACUGAUUCCCCCCCCUUACCAGUUUGAGGACCCUAAAGCUGAACCUAUUCAGGUGACCUCACUACUUUGGAACUGGUAGGCGGGGUGCAGCUUCCACCUGAGGCUUUUUCGCACAGGCAUCUUCUCACCUUCAAAGCGUGUCAAGCCAAAACUUUCUUUUAGUUUUUGGAUAAAAUGGUGAAGGAUUUGAAGUCCUGCCAUUGGAAUCACUUUAGAGCAGGGGGUCGCAAAAUGGCGGCCCUCCAGCUUUUUGCAAAACUACAAGUCCCAUGAUGCCAUGCUAGGCUGACAGUUACAAGCACAGGC